AUGGAGUUUGGCGACGAUCAAGACUUUGUGACAUUUGAGAUGGGCAAUUUUGAGGGCCAGGAGUUAAACCUUGAUACUCCGGAUGUUGUGUACCCAAUAAAUAUACCAGCCCCAGUUGUUCCCGUUGGGUUUCAAAAGGUAGCGUCACCCAUCCCUCCACCAACAAAGAUCACAAACUUGGAAAAGAGUGAGUCACCAAAUCCACAAGUCAAAGACAUCCACAAUUCGACACCAACACCAGUGAUAGCUUCGCCAAUACCUAACAACAUAAGAGGAUUUGAAAAUGUCGAGGACAAACCUUUUGAAAACGAACCACCUUUACUUGAAGAGUUGGGGAUCGACUUUAAAGUGAUUGGGAAGAGGAUUGUAACGAAGUUAAACCCAUUGACCAAAAACGACGACUAUGAAAGUGACGUUAUCGGCUCGUUGUUCUUCGGGUUGUUACUUGGCGUUGCGAUUUUGCUCACCGGGAAGUUCAGAUUUGGGUAUGUCUUUGGAUUCACCUUUGUCGGGUCAUUUGCCGAGUAUUUUGUUUUAAGCCUUCUUUCUGUGAAGAAAUUGGAUUUCUCUGUGGUAUUAACCAAUUUGGGGUAUUCAUCAUACCCACUCGUUGUUCUUGCAGUGGCCUCUGUAUUUGUGUCGAAUAAGACUAUACUUUCCAUCAUCGCGAUCUCUGGAAUAGCAUGGUGCACACUAUCAAGUAGCAGAUUCUUUGCUAAUAUCCAGGAAAUUACAGACAAAAAGUUGUUGGUUGCAUAUCCCAUGGCGUUGUAUUUCAUCCUCUUUGUUUUGCUUGUCAUGUUCUGA